UUUUAUUGCAGCAACAAAAACAAACAACAAUAGAAAAUAGCAACCACACGAUUUUAAAAACUAAUUUAUAAGUUUAGAAAUUUUUUUUAAAUUAAAACGAAAAAUUCAAUCGCGUUUGUAAUGAAAAUCAUAUUUGGCGUGUGUGUAUCAAUAUCUACCAAUUAAGUUUUGCUUUUAAGAUUUUCUAAACGUUUACGACUAUACUACCCUCUAAGCUAAAAUGCUAACUUCAACAAUGUCUUUUAAUCAAAAGCAAAUUUUACCUCUUCCACCGCCUCCUCUGCCACCAUCACUUUUAUCUUCUUCGACAUCAUCACCACAAUCUGCCACAUCUUGUUUGCCCACCAGCCACACGACCAAACUUCAUCAUUCUUGUUCUAAUACAAAUCUAAACAACAGUAUCGGUAACGGCAACAAAAACAACAUCAACAGCAAAGAUUCAAGGACGCAUUUAUCGGCAAUUGCGCCCACACCUUGUCAACGUUUAAGUGAAAUGUUUCGACGAUCGAUUGCUGAUAGUUCUAUAUACUCUGAUUCUCGGGAAAAUACGUAUGAAGAGAUUUACCCUGGACCAGAUCCUAAACAAGCUAUAAUGGGUUCUUUGGUCUUUUGUAUACAUCAUAAACAGGGCUGCACCUGGUCAGAUGAAUUGAGAAAAUUAAAGGCUCAUUUGAAUGUUUGUAAACAUGAUGCUACCCAGUGUCCCAAUAAGUGCGGUGCCCAGAUUCCCCGCAUAAUGAUGACAGAUCAUUUGCAGUACACCUGCACCAUGAGACGUACUAAGUGUGAAUUUUGUCAAAGUGAAUUUUCGGGAGCCGGUCUAGAGGAACACGCUGGUACUUGUGGUCAAGAGCCCAUAUAUUGUGAGGCCAAGUGUGGCCAGCGUGUGUUAAGAGGUCGCAUGACUUUACACAAAUCGAAGGAUUGUACCAAACGCUUAAGACGUUGCUUACACUGCAAUCGGGAAUUUUCAGCCGAUACUUUGGCUUUGCAUGUCAAUCAAUGCCCACGUGCUCCUGCUGUAUGCCCUCAACGUUGCGAUGUGGGUCCCAUUGCUCGUGCAGAUAUGGAAGCCCACUUGAGAGAUGAAUGCAAGGCUUUAGCCAUUUCAUGCACAUUUAAAGAGGCCGGCUGCAGAUUUAAAGGACCCAGACACAUGUUGGAAGCCCACUUAGAGGCCAAUGCCGCUUCACAUUUGUCUUUAAUGGUCGCUUUAUCUGCCAGACAGGGACAACAAAUCCAAAUGUUAAAAUCAGCCGUCUCUAAAUUGUCCAUUAAUUUCACUGGCACUUUAUUGUGGAAAAUUACCGAUUGGUCUGCUAAAAUGUCAGAGGCCAAAGGCAAAGAUGGUUUAGAAUUAGUUUCACCACCAUUUUACACCUCUCAAUAUGGCUACAAAUUGCAAGCUUCUAUGUUUUUAAAUGGUAAUGGUCCUGGUGAAAAUACUCAUGUAUCCGUUUACAUCAAAGUAUUGCCUGGUGAAUAUGAUGCUUUACUAAAAUGGCCUUUUUCUCACUCCAUUACAUUUACCCUCUUCGAACAAGGAGCUCAGGCUGGUCAAGGUGGUGUAGCCGAAUCAUUUGUACCCGAUCCCACUUGGGAAAAUUUCCAACGUCCUUCAAACGAACCCGAUCAAUUAGGUUUUGGUUUCCCCCGUUUCAUAGCUCAUGAUUUGCUCUACAAGCGUCCCUUCAUUAAAGACGACACAGUGUUUCUGAGAGUCAAAGUUGAUCCCAGCAAAAUAGUAGCAGUUUAAGUUUAACAAAACUUAAUCGUAGUUUUAACUCUUAUUUUCGUUAUGAAUACUGUGUAUUUAAGUUAAAGUUAAAAUUACUAUGUUAAGACAACAAUACACACGUGUAUUUUAGUUUUAAG